AUGGAAUAUAAGCGGUUAUUAUCGAUGACCGCUUUAAUCCUAAUGGCUGUACUCACCAUUUACGUUGGAUGUCUACGCUCUUACGCGAUCUAUUUCUUCGAGCGUGAUGCCAAACGAGUUUUCUUUCUGGAACAAUGGACCGCUGCCGUCGUACCAAUUGCACUAUCGUUCAUGCUAAUCGUUUCAUAUCUAAGUGCCAAACGCGAUAAAAUACUUCAAGAAGAAAUUGCUGCUAAAAAGCAUUCACCCUCGCCUCAAUCUAGUCCAGUGAUUCGCUCAAGGAAAAUAUCGCGUUCAUCCGAUCUUGAAAGCAUUCCCGAAAUGGAGACGACCACAGCCGAAUUGAACGCUAAUCGCGAUCAGAAUAAUGCAAUGAUGCACUCAAUAUCUGAAUCCAGUGCAUCUUCAUCAUCGUUGCCUGCUGGCUCUGAUUCUGAGAAUGCUGAUGAACGAAAGCAAACACGACUAUUGCAUCAGCGAGCCAAACGUCGUGGUGAUCAAAAAACAACAUCUCAUCAACAACAAACUUUCAAUGAGAUAGCUAUUGAAGAACUAGUUAGAGAAACUGAACGUGUGAAUGAAAAUGAACGAGUUCAAGCAACGAGUGCUGAUCAGGAUAAAGAGUUGGAUGAAGAUGUGCGUUUACAGCCGCAGACCAGCAAUUCAGCUAGUGGUAAUGUCUAUGGCCAUGAAAAUAUUGAUAAAAACGAACGACCAUCGUACAAGAAUGAUGAUGACGAGCAUAAAUAUGAUCAAAACUACCGUAGAAACAACAAUAAUAGCCAAACUCAACAACCAAUAAACAAUGAAUAUGCGCAGCAAAACGAUGAGAAACGCAUGAUGAGUGAUUCGCAUUCACGGUCCUCAACAGAUAAUUCACCACUUCGGCUCAUCUCACGUAAAUCUUCUGAGAUAAGUCAAGAAGACAUUCACGUUGAGCAUAAAAAAUCUUUGAUCUAUCAACAAAUCGGCAAAAUAGACUUCUUGCCAUUCUCUUUGGAUAGCGCUCUACGAAACUUGAGAAAGUCAUCAUUCCAACCAAUACGAAAGGAUUCGUUUUUUGAUAUUCUGCUCAAGCUGGUCGGUGUUCAUUUACCGUUAUGGUUAAGUGUUUUCGCGCUGCACAUCACUCUUGUCGAAAUUUUCAACAUGAAAUUUUAUUAUCAAUAUUAUUAUCAUCAUCCGGGUAUGAAGCUCUUAGCAUUGGUCAUUUCCAUUUCGGUUGGAUUGUUUCAUGAAGUACGUUGGACAUGGGUCGUCAACAAUAUUUUAGCAAUUGCAGCUGCCUAUGUUAUUAUAGCACGGGUUCAGACUGUAAGCUAUAUUGCUGGAUUGAUAUUUUUGAGUGGCAUGAUGGUAUUCGAUCUGUUUUGGAUGUACGGCAUUGAUCUAUUCUCCACAGUAACUGCAGAUAUUCGAGCACCUUUAAUGCUGAUUGUACCAUGGGGUGAUGAGAAGAAACGUGAAUCACUUGCGACACUUGAUGUCAUCGUUCCAGGAAUCUUUCUGAAUAUUGUACUGAAAUUUGCGGAUAUGUAUGAUCCUCGUGCAUUUUACCCGUCUUUUUACGCGGUCAUCAUUGGUCUCAUCAUAACAUUCACGAUUGCCGUCUAUCGAGCCAAAUCAACACCUGCAAUGGUACUUCCAGCAAUCUUCGCCAUAUUCACAUCAUUAACAAGUGUCGAGAGACCAAUGGAUCUGUUAAGAUUUGAAAUAAAACACUGA